AUGGAGCGGCGCAAUGGAACGACAGAUGCGGCAUCAGAUGCCAGGAUUGAUUUUGCCUUUUACCAAUAUGAUCCUAGCAUGGCCGGAGCCGUGAUCUUCGUCAUCCUAUUCUCCAUAACCACCUUCUGGCAUGCUUUUCAACUUAUUCGCACGAGAACUUGGUUUUUUAUUCCAUUUCUCAUAGGGGGGAUUCUCGAAACAAUCGGAUAUGCCGGACGAGCCAUGUCGAGCAGCCAGUCCCCCAAUUGGACUCUCGGUCCCUACCUCAUUCAGACGAUGUUUCUACUCCUCGCUCCGGCCCUUCUGGCGGCGUCGGUGUACAUGUUGCUCGGACGGAUAAUUCUCGUUCUACGCGCGGAAUCGCAUGCGAUGCUGAAGAAGAAGUUGUUAACCAAGGUCUUUGUGACUGGUGAUGUCCUCUCGUUCUUGCUGCAAGGCACAGGUGGUGGCAUUCAGAGCAGCGGCAGUCUCGACAGUAUGAAGUUCGGGGAGCACAUUAUCGUGGCCGGUCUUUUCGUUCAAAUACUGUUUUUCGGAUUCUUCAUCAUAACCGCCGGCAGUUUCGACUUGAAGCUCAGGAGGUAUCCGAUCCCGCGCUGCUUCGAGGGCAAUAUUCCAUGGAGGAAGCGUCUCAAUAUAUUGUAUGGGACUAGUGUUUUGAUUCUCAUCCGGUCCGUCUUUCGCCUGGUAGAGUACCUUCAGGGCAAUGAUGGGUUCCUCUUACACCAUGAGAUCUUUCUAUACGUUUUCGAUGCGGUGUUGAUCUUCAUCGCCAUGGCUGUUUUCAAUAUUGCUCAUCCCAGUGAGAUUGCCAAGUAUAUGGAGUCGAAAGAGGAGCUCGAACUAUCGGAGGGUUAUACCAACUUUGUCAGGUAA